AUGUUCCGUUUCCACAAGACCCUUGACAUCGUCACUCUCUUCCACAAAGCGAGCUCCCCCGCUUCCGUGAGGGUCGCCAACAUCCUCAAGCAGGUGUCGGCAAAUGCUUCGGCCGGCGCGACCGAAGACCAAGCCAGCGACCACAGCGUCCAGACGAACCCCAAGAAGGCGCGCGCCGAGUUCGAGCUCAACAUCACCGAGGACCCCCCUACUGCCGACCAGGUCAAGACCAUCUUGGAAUACGUCGGGCAGAGCAGAAUCUCGUCGAUCAUCAAGGGCGCCUCGACCGAGCAGGAGGCUUUGAGGAAGUUCCAGCAGAACUCCGAAUCUUUCCAAAGACCAGUGACUGUGGACUGGAACAACGGCAAGGCGGUUUCCGGCGACAACGAGUCCGAGAUACUCAAGAUGCUCAACGCUUUGAACGGCGAGAAGAGCUGA